UUCACGAAUCAUCAUUAAUGUGAAACAGAAACAGAAAGAGUAACACGUUUGCCUAACGUGUUAUAUAUGAUAUGUGGAUAAUUAUAAUUAAUUUAUAAAGCGACUUAAUUGAAUGAUAUACUUUCGUACAAUCCGUUCUGAUUACUGAGCUCGGAUUUGUUAGCCGCACGCCGUCCAGGACCUUUACAAUAGUCACAUAGCUUAGAUUUUGAUCCAUUUGGCCGCAACGGCAAUAACACCGGGAGAUGUGUCAGACGAACGCGCUUCACGGGACCGCGGUGGGGUUCUGACCCGCUGUGCGGUUGUAUAAACGGUUGCGUUCAGCGGAGGAGUUUGACAUGUCUGGCGCAGGGGCCGGUGGAGGGGUGCAGUCUGCGGGGCUGGGUGCUGGUGCUGCUGCCGCCGCGGGCUGCUGCUCCUCCUUGUCGGGCGCCGGUUCUGCCGCAUUAUUAGGCGGAGGGUCGGCCAUCGCGGGCCGGUUACCCAGCCGAGUUCUCGAGCAUAUAUUCUCCUAUCUGGAGCUGGCGGAUCUCAUGAACUGCUCGCACGUUUGCUGGCACUGGUACAACUGUCUGGCGGAUGAAAACAGCGAGGUGUGGCGGAGUCUGUGUGCCCGCUUGCUCAGUGAAGAAGCGCUGCGCUCUGAUAUCCUCUGCAACCUGUCUUCAUAUAAAACAAAACUAAAGUCUUUCCAGCACGCUCUGAGCUCCCAUGACUGCUCCAGGAAUGUAUAUAUCAAGAAAAACGGGUUCACCCUGCACCGCAACCCCAUUGCCCAAAGCACCGAUGGUGCCCGUGGGAAGAUCGGCUUCUCGGAGGGCCGGCAUGCCUGGGAGAUCUGGUGGGAAGGUCCUCUUGGCACGGUGGCGGUGAUCGGCAUCGCGACCAAGAGGGCUCCCAUGCAGUGCCAGGGCUAUGUGGCGCUUCUAGGCAGCGAUGACCAGAGCUGGGGAUGGAAUCUAGUAGACAAUAACCUGCUUCACAACGGAGAGGUCAACGGCAACUUCCCCCAGUGCAACAACGCACCAAAAUACCAGAUCGGGGAGAGAAUCCGUGUAAUCCUGGACAUGGAUGAUAAGACACUAGCCUUUGAGCGAGGUUUUGAGUUCCUUGGAGUGGCGUUCCGAGGGCUGCCCAAGACAUGCCUGUUUCCAGCUGUGUCAGCCGUCUAUGGGAACACUGAAGUGACUAUGGUGUAUCUGGGAAGACCCCUGGAUGGAUAAGUAGGAUCUUGGUGCCACUAUUAGAACCAGAGAGCAUCAUGGGAACUGCUGCUUGACAUAGAUAAGACUCUUGGCUUUUCACAUCUGGACUAAAAAAUGGGGAAGUUGGUGGCGGGCUUGUUGAUGGAUGUCCAACACACAUCUGCGGAUUUCAGUUGAACAUCUAUUUGCUUUUAAUCCUUUUUGAAGACCUGGGACAUUUUUUUUUUAUCUGGUUUUAAUCUAAUUUAUGAAAUCGCACAGGGAGCAGCUGUUCUAUUUUAUGAAAUGCUAAAACAUGAAGCCAAACUAGAAGAGACAAGUGGCAAAGUUUUCUAAUUCAUUACCAACAUUUUAUAACACAAUGCAUGGAAUGAGAAGCUGCUGUAAGAGUACGAGGACGGCUCAAGCUUUCACACACAAAAACAAAUUUACAUGUAUGGUAAAUGACAUGAAGUAAACAUGCCAAAAUGAUGUACUGAUAUCUUACCGUUGUUUUUUUUCCAGAGCAGUUAUCUGCAUGCAGUAUACCAGUCUCUUCCUCUGUUUUUUAUUAUUAUUUUUCAUGACAGGCAAAGGUAGUAUGUCGUUAUUCCGUUUGUUACUGUACAUCUUAACUGUGAUGUAGAAGUGUAUAGUAUUUAUUUAUUGAGGUCUAUCUUUGCUAUACCUGAGGUUAUGGAGACUCCAAAUAAACUCUAAAUUGUGCCAGACUGUGAACGUAUCUCAGCCUGUUCUA